GCCUGGGCGAGUGACCCCUAUUUCCUGAUAUCAUUUCACAUUUUUAUAAAUUCCUGGGUUUAUUCAAUAUUUUCUGUUUAAUUUUAGUCUAUUUUAUAUUUAAGAAUAAAUUUUCAUUGUGGCUAUUAAAGCAUGGCUGGAUCUUUAAAUUGUCAGCGUUUUAUGAGGUUAUAUUAUUCAGCAGCUAGGCCUUCUACAAGAUUUUGUUCCAAUGACUGUAGCAGGAAAGGAUUAGUCUUAGGAGCCUAUAUUGAUAAGGAUAAAACAGUGCAACUCUCUCCAGUAGCUGAAAAAUUUAAUCAAAAAGUACAAGGAAAACUUUUGGAACAGAUCCAAUUAUCAAGUAACUUAAAACCAGGCAAAAGCUUCAUUUAUUGGGGCCUAGACAAAGAUUACCCAGCAGUUUCAAUAGUAGGCCUGGAAAAUGAAAAACCUGAAGACGAUAUAGAAUUACGAAACGCCGCAAACGAAAAUGUCCGAUUGGCCGCGACAGCCGGAAUUAAAUCACUGGACGGGGCGGGCGUGAAAAAUAUUUUCGUAGAAAACUUCUCCAAUCCAGAAUCUGCUGCUGAAGGGUCGGUUUUAGCUUCGUGGAAAUUUCAGGAGUACAAAGCGAAAAAGGACGAAUUGCCUUCGGUGCAGUUAUUCGAAUCCGGCGACGAUUCGGAUUGUGAAAAAUGGAACAAGGGAGCUUUGAAGGCUGAAGCACAAAACAUUGCACGAAAAUUGGCAGAUACACCAGCAAAUUUACUCACUCCGACUAUUUUUGCUGAUUAUGCUCGAGAGCUUCUGACUCCAUUAGGCGUAGAUGUUAAAGUUUACGAUGAAAAAUGGGCUCGAGAUCAGAAAAUGUUUGCGUUUUUAUCAGUGGCCCAAGGAUCUAUUGAACCUCCUAAGUUUUUAGAAAUAACUUACAAGAAUAAUGAUCAAGCUCCAUAUGUGUUAGUAGGUAAAGGAGUCACAUUCGAUGCUGGCGGUAUAAGUAUCAAGCCUUCAGCUAAUAUGGACCAAAUGCGUGCAGAUAUGACAGGUGCCGCAUGCGUUUUAGCCACAGUCUACGGCCUGGCUAAACUCAAUGUACCAACAAAUCUGAAAGUCCUAAUACCACUUGUAGAAAACUUACCAUCGGGCUCUGCAUUUAAACCCGGCGACCUUAUUUAUGCUAGGAACGGUAAAAGUAUUUGCGUGGACAAUACCGACGCCGAAGGACGCUUGAUAUUAGCCGACGCUCUUUGCUAUAGCGCUGAGUUUAAGCCUCAAUGGGUGCUGGAUAUUGCCACUUUAACGGGUGCUAUGAUGGUGGCACUUGGUGACGUCGCCACCGGGGUUUUUUCCAAUUCAAAUCAACUUUAUAACUUAUUGGAAAAGUCUGGCACGGAAACUGGAGACAGAGUUUGGCGGAUGCCGUUGUGGAAAAGUUACACGAAAAAAAUUGCCGAAAAUCCUGCGUAUGAUUUGAAUAAUAUAGGGAAAGGUAGAGGUGGUGGCGGUUGCACAGCAGCGGCAUUUCUCAAGGAAUUUGUCCCAGAAAAAACUAGUUGGUUGCAUUUAGAUAUUGCGGGAGUUAUGGGACCUGAAAAUGCAGAACCUUAUUUGGGGAAAGGGAUGAGCGGUAGACCAACAAGGACUUUAAUAGAAUUUAUACAAAGACAAGCAAAUAAGUAAUUAAACUGUUUUAUUAUCAGAUAUCGUUUUUGUUUUUUUGCAGCUAGUGAAUUUUAAAUAAAAAAUCCAA